AAAUCCAACGGGCAACAGAAACAACUGCAGACAUCGAACGUCAGCCAGCGCGGCGCAGCCAUUGGUUAAUGCGAUCACCUCACCGCCUUCCUCACUCGCAGUGCCCCAGACAGAGCCUUUACCGGCUGAGGUCAGGUUACGAGUCUCCUCAAGCUUCAGAAGCGGGCCGAUGUAAUGUUUACAACCCACCCUAUGUCCCAAAAAAGCUUUUAUUUAUAUGAAAUUCAACUUUUGCCCGUCGAUCUGAUUGGACGGCGGGACAGCCUCAUCUGUAUGUGAUGUCAUCUGCUGCCUUUGGCUGUGGAGAGCCUCGAAAGUCAGAGUGAGAGCCCGAGAGAGCGAGAGAGAGAAUAAAACAGUAGGUUAUCUUAAAUAACGGUGAGUGCGGUGAUAGAGACUUAUUCAACACCGGCUUCUACACUCUAACGGUAUAAUGGCACUAUAAUGUCCCUGCGUGCGACCGACACCAACCUCAAAAGUGAAGACCGGCGCAUUCUCGUGCUGAUGUGAGGACGUCUGCGUGGUACUGAAAAGUCUCAGACCAUGAACUACGUGGGACAGCUGGCGGGCCAGGUGUUCGUGCAGGUGAAGGAGCUGUACCGCGGCCUCAACCCGGCCACGCUCUCCGGCUGCAUCGACGUCAUCGUGGUGCGCCAGCCCGAUGGCACGCUGCAUUGCUCGCCCUUCCACGUCCGCUUCGGCAAGAUGGGUGUCCUGCGCUCCCGAGAGAAAGUGGUAGACAUUGAGAUCAACGGCGAGCCUGUGAGUUUGCACAUGAAGCUGGGAGAGAAUGGAGAAGCCUUCUUUGUGAAGGAGACAGAGAACAAUCAGGAAGUCGUUCCCUCGCACCUGGCCACCUCACCCAUCCUCUCAGACGGGGGUUCUCUGCUGGGGGGGCCUCUAUGCUGCGGAGGAGGGGAGAACGGGGUGGGGAGCACGAAGAAGAGGAGGAAAAGGAGGAGGAAGUCGAAGAUGGACAGCGUGAAGAGGGAGGGCAGCGCCGAGUACUCGGAGGAUGACAUGUUCACCAUUGACAUUAGCUCCAACGAGGGAGAGGAGCAGGACAACGGCAGGAACUCAACACGAGACAUGAUGACAAUCGGAGGCACAUCCAGCAGCACUUAUAAGCCUAGCACUGUGUAUGCUUGCUCAGAUGGGGACUGGAGCCCUAUUCAGAGCCCUGGGACGUCCAGGCCCUCCACCCCUAAGAGUGACUCAGAGCUGGUGACCAAACAGUCUGGGUCCAAGCAGGAGAACCCAGCCAUGCUGUGGGCUUGGGGAGAGCUGCCGCAGGCUGCCAAGCCAUCUUUCCUUCCUCCAAAGCCAGGGCCGAACAGCCCAGUAGCGUGUCCCGUGUCCAUCCCUGUGUUGGAGAACACGCACUUCAGGGUCAUUCUGCAAGGGGGCGGCAGAGAGCAUGGAGAAAACCACACAAACAAUCACCUCAAGCUCUUCAUCCCCACGGCAGAAGCCACCAUGGAGGCAGAACUCGUGAGUGCGCCAUCGCCAGAACACAAGGAAAUGGAAACCGAGACCAUAAGGCCCGAUUCUGAGCCAAUGGAAAUCGAGACUGAUCAGAAUGGGCGGGACAACGAGGCGUUAAAGAAGGAGGCUGAGCCAAUAGGGGCGGCCGCUGCACAUAUGCUGUCCGAGCUGGAGGAGGGACCACGCCCACUUAGCAAGACAGAUUCGCCUUCCAAACGAAAAGACAAGAGGAACCGCCAUCUUGGCUCCGAUGGUGUUUAUCUGGAAGACCUCACAGAGCUGGAACCUGAGGUGGCAGCACUUUACUUCCCUAAAAGUGAAGCCAGUGGCGAAGUGCAUAGUGGGGAAAAUGUCAUCCGCAGCGCCAGCAUGUCCCCCCAGUCUGUGGUCAGCUCGGGGGCCGACAGUGGUGUGGACAGCUUCUCAGACCAGAUGGGAGACCUGCCCUCUAUCGCCAUCUCUCUGUGUGGAGGACUCACUGACAACAGAGAGAUAACUAAAGAGCAAUUCCAGGAGAAGGCCAUUUCCUAUCAGCGGUUUGCAGAGCAUCCCACCCUUAUAGACGAUCCUAACCUGGUGGUGAAGAUCGGCUCAAAGUAUUAUAACUGGAGCUCUGCUGCCCCUCUGAUGCUGGCCCUGCAGGCCUUCCAGAAGCCCCUGCCAAAGGCCACCGUAGAGAACAUCAUGAAGGAGAAGAUGCCUAAGAAAGGAGGCCGCUGGUGGUUCUCCUGGCGCAGCCGGACCAACAACACUAAAACGGAUUCUGCGUCAGAGCAUGGAGCCUGUGUGAGCGCAGACCAGGCUGGGAAGAUGGCUGCCAUGAACAGGAGGAAGGAGGAGUCCUCCUCCAGUGAUGAGGACCACCGAACCUCCAAGCAGACCACAGUCGUCCAAUCAGAGCCCAUUCUCCCUUCUGGGGGCGUGUCUUACAAGAAAACGCUCCGUCUCUCCUCUGAACAGCUAGCCAGCCUGCAGCUGAAAGACGGGCCGAACGACGCGGUGUUCAGCGUCACCACGCAGUACCAGGGCACGUGCCGCUGCGAGGGCACCAUCUACCUGUGGAACUGGGACGACAAGAUUGUCAUCUCCGACAUAGACGGCACCAUCACCAGGUCAGACACACUGGGACACAUCUUACCCACACUGGGCAAAGACUGGACCCACCAGGGCAUCGCCCACCUCUACCAUAAAAUCAGCCAAAACGGGUAUAAGUUCCUGUACUGCUCGGCCCGAGCCAUUGGCAUGGCAGACAUGACGCGUGGGUACCUGCACUGGGUGAACGAGAGGGGCACCAUGCUGCCUCAGGGCCCCGUGCUGCUCAGCCCCAGCAGCCUCUUCUCAGCGCUGCACAGGGAGGUGAUUGAGAAGAAACCGGAGAAGUUUAAAGUGGAGUGUCUGACCGACAUCAGGAACCUCUUCUACCCAAACACUCAGCCUUUCUAUGCCGCCUUCGGCAACCGGCCUACGGAUGUGUAUUCCUAUAAAGAGGUGGGGGUUCCCCUCAACAGAAUCUUCACGGUCAACCCAAAAGGAGAGCUGGUGCAGGAGCACGCCAAGGCCAACGUCUCCUCAUAUGUGCGUCUGGGUGAGGUGGUGGACCAUGUCUUCCCUCUGAUGUUGAGAUCCAGCACUUCUGAUUUCCCCUGCAGUGACACCUACAGCCACUUCACUUACUGGAGGGAGCAGCUCCCUCUAGUGGACAGCCCAGAACCAAAUCUGGAAGCAGACAGCUGAGCCAAGAAGGCCUGUCCAGCCUGUUGGAGACACAUGUUAUGUGUGUCCCAGCACUGUUACCAGAUCAGUUCUUCAACAGCUCAACCCCCCACUACCCACCUGCAAAGUAGCUCAACCCAGUGCUUUAAUUGUGGUGGAACAUCUUCUUUCCACCCCUAAAAAGAUAUGUUAUUUUUCUGCAUGUGGAGCAAACCAAGGUGGAACAUUUAGAUUUUCUAAGAUACAUAUAUUUUUUUUAUAUAGAAUCAUUUGGAUGGAAAAAAAACAAACCAAUCUGAUCUCUGAUCAGAGAGAAUAUAAGACUAUGUGAGGUGACUCGUUCCCCACAAGCAUAGGUGCACUUUCCCCCCCUUCCACUGUGUCUCACCUCAGCUUGUCAGAGGACUCAGAGAACAUCUCCUCACGUUGGACUUCUGCUUCAGCAUGAAGAAAGAGUUUAGAGACUGGUGCUGACAUUUAGAGACUUAUGCUGACAUCAAGGAGAUGAGUGUGUGUGUAUGUGUGUGUGUGUGUGUGUGUGUGUGUGUGUGAGCAGAGCUGGCAUCAUGUCUCCACUAAGGGUGAGACCACCAAACCAGAAAAUAAGAUUCUACAGUAUGUUAACAGGAUAUAUAUAUAUAUAUAUAUAUAUAUAUAUAUAUAUAUAUAUAUUUAUGUGCCCUCACACACACAUGUACACAUAUUUUGUGCCAAAUAGUUUCUUGUAUGUGCUACAGCUGAUAUGACAUAGGGUGUUAUUUAAAUGACCUUGAGAACUGUUACUACUACGCCAUGGAGACAGUGUUUCCUGGGCUUGUAAACUGCUGGAGCUUGUAAAAAGCUAUAUUCUUAUAAACUGCUGGAGCUUGUAAAAAGCUAUAUUCUGCGCAACAAUGUUUAGAGCUUUAGUUACCCAAAAAAGGCCACAUGGUAUGUAUGUAUCAGUCAUUGUGUUGCACUUCCCCUUAUGUGUUAUGAAGGGGACUCUAUUGAAUCACACGGCCUCUAUAAUGUAGGAGUUUAGCCUACUACUUCAUCCAAAGAUACCAUUUACAGUACCAGAACCAUUUCAACUUCCUCACCCAGGCCCUUGGCCAGAGUCAAAGUUCCCUUUCCUUGUCUUUAUUACUUGAAAACUCUCAUUCAAGUAGUCGGUGUGGACACAGCAAACCAUAAGCUUAGUUGACUGAAAGGCAAAGCCUGUGCGUCUGCAUAUGAAAGCCCUGAAAUCUUCCAGAAUUUUCUGCACUGUAAUUCACACCAACUAAAAGCUUCCUGUCAAACUUGUAUUUCUGUUGACCUGUGCGGAAUCCACUCCCGUUUGCCUAUCCUUGCGUUGAUGUCUGUUGCGUGUGCCUUUUGAAUGACUGUGAUGCACAGGAUUAUAUACUGUUUGGAACAUGGGAAUGUGUAGAGGAGUGGAUGGCUUGGUCUGGUUGUUUGGAGUCACCCCUUUGUGUAGAACAGUUCUAAAAUCAGAAUUCUUCACACUGACUUCUCAGAUCUAUAGAUUUUGCACUGAGGGUAUUGAGGGCAUCAUGUAUUGCCACGGUUGAUUUCAACAUGUUAUUACAGGCUUGUGUGUUGGUGUCACUAAAACAUCACUUUGCACUGUUUCAAGAAAAGAAAAAAACUUUAUGAAGUGCUGAUGACAGCUAGUUUUGUAGAAACAAUAAUGUUAUUUUGACGAUCUUCUAAGAGAAGUACUGAUUGCCUUCAUGUAUGUACGCUUAUUUUUUUUUCCUGCUAUGGUUCCUACAUGAUCAAGACUUUCCACUGACCAUCUUUCAGAAGAAUUUUAUGAUUGUUAUUUCAAAAUCGAAAUUCUUGGUUUAGGUAGGAACAGGCCUGUACUCUACAUUCUAUUGUGUAUUGUCUGUAUAAUGUAUUUUUUAGAUAGUUAUCUGUGUCUCCUGAUGUGCAACUGUCCAAUUCUUUCUGUGAAAGAUCAGCUAAGCAGUGUGCUUAUAUGGCCACUUUACUGGCACAUUUGAGUGAAGUCUUGCAUGGCAUUCUUGAGUGAGUAGAACUGGUGUGAUAUAUUUAAAUUAUAGUUAUGUCUGUAUGUAUAUUAGUAUAAAUGUCGAUUAAAUGCCUUUAUAAACA